UUGGCAGCAUUUCUAACCGCCAAUGCCCGAUGCCGGUGCGUUGCGUAUUGAUAGCUGGAGAAAAGCCUCAGUGCUUAGUACUGAAAUUGUAAUUGAUAAUUGAUAAAAAGAAAGUACUGCCCACCGCCCAAAUUCUUAAUGGAUGUCCCAGUAUGGUCUACAUCUCAGGAGGAACGGUUGAAAUCGUUCAAGUAUUGGCCUUACAAGAGAGGUCCAUGUCGUCCAGAAAAGAUGGCUGAAGCAGGUUUUUAUUCAAUUGGAAGUAAAUCAGAACCAGACCUUGCGAAGUGUUACGUAUGCUUGAAGGAAUUGGACGGAUGGGAGAAGGAUGAUGAUCCCUGGUCCGAGCAUAAGAAACACGCUGCCUUAUGCCCAUAUGUUGUUUUAAACAAAAGUCCUGAUCAACUGACUGUGAAAGAUAUUCUAACCCUAGAAUGUGAAAAACAGAAGAAAAUUCUUGUACUCAGACACGAUGAAAAAAUUAAAAUGCUUAACGAAAUCCAGAAAGCUGUGAGAGCUGAGCUAGAUAAGAGAAAUGGCAAAGAAAACAAGCGUAAAAUUUCCAGAGCACCUUCCAAGAGGACAAGUAAGAAGGAAUGAAGUUUUUAAUCUCUUUUGGCUGAAAUUAGGAUCUCCAAUGUGAUUUAGUAGAUGGUGACAAACUGUUGGUCCUCAAUUUCUGAUUAUUUUUAUCUUGGACAGCCUGUUAAAUUGUAAAUAACUUGUGAUUUUUUAAAGAAUAAAUUGUAUUUUUAUUGAACAGAAAA